UUAAACAACACCCCUUUCUACCCUCUUCAUGUGUUUUGAAUUUGUUUUAUUUGCUUAAAUAUUUGUGCACCAACACUUAUUAAAUAAUUCAUGUCUGAAGACAUAGUUAAUGCACUGUGUGUGUGUGUUUUGCGUUUUCGUGUGUGUAAAACAAAGAAGAACUGUUAACAUUUUGCUAUUUAUUGGUUGGGUUAGCGGGCCUUGGGGGAGGUGGGGGGUCCACCGCUGUUCUAUUCAAAUGCUUUCACCGCUGUCACUGUAACUGCUUCUGAUGUGGCUGUAAAUGCUGCUUCGCUGCCGCCACUACUGAGCGCCUAUUAACAGCAGUGAAAAUCCCAGCCAGCGGCUCUGUCGCGCAACAAAAAAUGUGCAAGCUUUCUAAUGCAGUCAGCAUAAGCAGCGGCAGAAGCACAGCAAAGGCACGGCACCAAAGUAGUCAGCAGAGGAGGCAUCAGAUCAGUCCGAGCAGCAGCAGCCACCAGCCAGUCAUCAAAGCAGCGCUACAAGCAGAGGGACAGUAGCAGUAGCAGCAUCGUCAGCAGCAGCGGCAGCGUCAGUGCAGUGUGGCGGCCUUGCCAACAAGAACAAAUGAGAAACAUCAAGAAGACAGUGGCAGAGGCAGCGUCAGUGACAGCAGCAGAAGCAGCAGCAGCAGCAGUCAUUGACAGCGGGAGGGGCAGAGAGGCAUUCUAGGCAUUCUAGUGGAGACAGUGGCGGGUGUCGUUUCGCGGUGUCGGCGGCGGAGGCUAAACACAAAAGUUUACUCGGUUAACACACACACACGAACAGAGGAAAAAAAUACAUAUAUAUGUAUUGCAUAUAAACGUACAAAAGUAGAGACGACGGGGUCGCGCGUACAUCGACAAAAGCAGCAGCAGCAGCGGCUUCGUGUUUUGUUGUUGUUUUUUUUUUGUUGUUGUUGUGUGUGUUGUAGAUUUUUCGCCAAUUUUACCUUGUCGCCGCUCUCUAUCACGAAACAGUGUCGAACUUAAAGAGCGAGCAACGUGACGUGUCGUUGUUGUGUGUCGCUCGACGUCGGACAAUUUUUCGCCAACUUCCUACUAAAAUAAGAAAAAUCGAAAAAGCAGCAAAAGCAAGAGCCAAAUAAGCAGCAGCAGCAGCAGCAAGUGCUAAAGUAGCCGCAAAGUCAAAGCCAAAAGCAAGUGCAAAAGCAAAGGCAAACGCAAAGGCAGCAGCAAAGACAAGUUUUUUUUUUUCUCUGUUCAUGUGCAUGUGUUUUGUGUGUGUGUGUGUGUGUGCCAAAACGUGCAAAAGUAAAGUGUGCAAAAAUACAGCGAAAAUACUAAACAAAAAGCAGACGGCACGAAAUAACCAAAGUGCCAGAGAGAGAGAGGACAGCGAGGGAGCGCCAGAGAGCGACAUCGAACGAACGUGCUCUCUCUCGCUGCUGCUUGCGUGCGAGACGGAGAGCGGAGCAAACACCACACGGAAUACAAUACUCUCUCUCUCUCUCUCUCUCUCGCUAUCAAACCCGAACGGGCAGCUGAUUUUUGCCGGCAACUGUGUCAGCUGUUCCUCACUCUCUCGCUCUACCCCUCCCGCUGCCCAAGGCAGGCUCUAUAUCUAUGCUUGGUUAGGAGAGGGUGCAGUAGUGCGGAGGCAUAAUGGACAGGUUUUUGCUGUUAUGCCGCUCUUGAAACGCAUCUAUGGAGCGAUUAUCGCUCUAACUCUGGCAUUCCACGAACAAGAAGAAGACUAAUAGAAGAACCGCAAUACGAAAAAGGAGUCGCAAGAAGAAGCAUAGAUAUAAAACCAGCAUCAUCACCAUGUUGGCCUCUGCCACAACCACAACGCCCUCGGCAACGGCCGCAGCGAACGCAACGGCAACAGCAGCAGCAGCCGCUGCCGCCGCACGUAAACGCAGUCGCAGCGCCAGCAAUGGCAGCAAACGCAACACAGGCGGCGGUCGCAAAUUAACAAAGAGCAUGUCCGCUGGCGCGCAAUUGCAGAUGGCCCCACAGAACACUUCGACCCUAAGCCACCAUCAUCCCAACCAGCAGCCGCAGCAGCAGCCCCAACAGCAGCUGCAGCAGCAGCAGCAGCAGGCCCCACAGGUACAGCAACAGCAGGCUCCUCCCCAGCAACAGCAGCAGCAGCACUUUGCCAAUCAUCACAGCUCGCAACAGCAACAGCAGACGCAACAGGAGCAACAGAAUCCCCAGCAGCAGCAGCAACAGCAGCAGAUACUGUCGCAGCCACACCUACAGAUCCUCCAGAAGCAUCAGCAUCAACUGCUGCCCCCACACCAGCUGCACCAGCAGCAACAGCAACAACAGCAGCAGCAGCAUUUCCACCAGCAAUCGUUGAGCCUGCACCAGCAACACCAGCAGCAACAUCAGGUGGCAGCGGUAGCAGCGGCUGGGGGCAGCAGCAAUCCCGACUCGAAUAUGAGCACUGGCUCCUCGCACAGCGAGAAGGAUGUUAACGAUAUUCUGGCCGGAGGAGCAGGAGCCGCAGCAGCGGCAGCGGCAGCAGCGGCGGCGGCGGCGGCGGGCAUCGGUAUGUCGGUGCCGCAGUGCCCCAGUUUUCCACCGACCCUAGGGAUGCAGCACUCGAACAACGGUGGCGUUGGUGGCGUUGGCGGCGUUGGUGGAGCCAAUGACAUGUACAUAACGACGGCGACGGCGACCACCACGCCGGUGAAGCCGCGCACGCCAGCCGAGCGAAAGCGCAAACGGAAGAUGCUGCACAAUGCGGAGGAUGCGAGUGGUGCGGGCGGCGGCGGUGGUUCGGGCGGAGCCGUGAACAACAGCAGCGGGCUGGGGGGAGGCCUGAAGGGCAAGUCCCUGCCCUUUCGUGAUAUGCCCAAGGUGACCAUGAGCCUCGGUCUCGGCGAGCGCCUCAGUGGGACGGGCGUUUCGGGCGGCGCCGGAGGCGUCUCCAGUGGAGCCGGCGUCGGCGGUGGCAGCUCCAGCUCUGGCACAGGAGCGGGCGGCAAGAGUGCGCGCCUCAUGCUCACCGGCAGCGACAACAAGAAGAUCAACGACUACUUCAACAAGCAGCAGUCGGGCGUUGGAGUGGGCGUAGGAGUGGGCGUGGGCGUUGGCGUUGGAGUCGGUGGAGUGGGUGUUGGAGCGGGCGGCAAUUCGGCGACCCUACGCGGCACCCACACCGGCAGCAAGUCACCCUCAUCCGCCCAGCAGCAGCAGCAACAGCAGACCACCCAACAGCAACAGCCGACAGUGUCCGUUGCCUCGGGAGGAGUGCCCGCCUCCAGUGUCCAGGUGCAGGUGCAGACCAGCCAGGUGCAAACGAGCAGCGCAUACUCCCUGUAUCCCGCUAGUCCACAGACGCAGGUGGCGCCCAGCCAAGUGCAGCAGCAGCAGCAGACCGGAGCGGACUUCCACUACGUCAACUCCGGCAAGCAGCAGCAACAGCAGCAGCAACGCCAGCAGCAGCAGCAGCCACAGACUUCCAAUCAAAUGGUUCCUUCGCACGUGGUCGUCGGCCUGGGGCAUGCCCUCAGUCUGGCCUCCAUCCAGCCGCCCCUCAUCCAGACGCAGUCGCAGUCGGCCCAAACCCAACAGCAGCAACAGCAGCAGCUCGGGCCGCCCGCCACAUCGACGGCCAGCGGGCCCGGCGGAGUGGCCGUUGUGGCCUCACAUCCCCACCAGCUCAGCUCUCUGGGCGUCGGCGGUAUGGGCGUGGGCGUUAGUGUGGGCGUGGGUCCGCCCUUGCCACCGCCACUGCCAAUGCCCGCCACGAUCACGUACAGCAAGGCAACGCAGACGGAGGUGUCGCUGCACGAGAUGCAGGAGCGGGAGGCGGAGCACGAGACCGGGAAGGUGAAGCUGGACGAGAUGACAAGACUGUCGGACGAGCAGAAGUGCCAGAUACUGGGUAACCAGAAGACGAUCGACCAGCACAAGUCGCACAUUGCCAAGUGCAUCGAUGUCGUGAAGAAGCUGCUGAAGGAGAAGAGCAGCAUCGAGAAGAAGGAGGCGCGCCAGAAGUGCAUGCAGAAUCGCCUGCGGCUGGGACAGUUUGUUACACAGCGUGUGGGCGCCACAUUCCAGGAGAACUGGACGGACGGUUAUGCGUUCCAGGAGCUGAGCCGACGGCAGGAGGAGAUCACCGCCGAGCGCGAAGAGAUCGACCGCCAGAAGAAGCAGCUGAUGAAGAAGCGUCCGGCGGAGUCCGGACGCAAGCGGAACAACCAGAACAGCAACCAGAACAACCAGCAGCAGCAGAAUUCCAAUUCCAAUGAUUCCUCCCAGCUCACGGGCGGCGGUGGCCCAGGCGGCACUGAUCGCCUCGGUGGCGGUGGCGGUGCCGCUGGCAGCGUUGACAGCGGAAUGGGUGGCCAAAACUCGGGCGCUCUCGGUGGCUCCGGUGCCGGUGGUGUCGGCGGCGGCGGAGGUGGCGGCGGCAGCGGACGCGGCCUCUCGCGCUCCAAUUCGACGCAGGCCAACCAGGCACAGCUCCUGCACAACGGCGGUGGCGGGUCUGGCGGCAAUGUCGGCGGCAAUAGCGGCGUGGGUGAUCGCCUCUCGGACCGCGGCGGCGGAGGCGGCCUUGGGGGCAACGACAGCGGCAGCUGUUCCGAUUCGGGGACGUUCCUCAAGCCCGAUCCCGUCUCGGGGGCCUACACAGCGCAGGAGUACUACGAAUACGAUGAGAUCCUCAAGCUGCGACAGAACGCCCUCAAAAAGGAGGACGCCGAUCUGCAGCUGGAGAUGGAGAAGCUCGAGCGGGAGCGUAACCUUCACAUACGUGAACUCAAGCGGAUUCUCAACGAGGAUCAGUCCCGCUUCAACAAUCAUCCCGUGCUGAACGAUCGAUAUCUGCUGUUGAUGCUGCUGGGCAAGGGCGGCUUCUCCGAGGUGCACAAGGCCUUCGACCUCAAGGAGCAACGCUAUGUCGCAUGUAAGGUGCACCAAUUAAACAAGGAUUGGAAGGAGGAUAAGAAAGCUAAUUAUAUCAAACACGCCCUGCGGGAAUACAACAUCCACAAGGCACUGGAUCAUCCUCGCGUCGUGAAGCUCUAUGAUGUGUUCGAGAUCGAUGCGAAUUCCUUUUGCACCGUACUCGAGUACUGCGAUGGCCACGAUCUGGACUUUUAUCUGAAGCAACAUAAGACUAUACCCGAGCGUGAAGCGCGCUCGAUAAUAAUGCAGGUUGUAUCUGCACUCAAGUAUCUGAAUGAGAUUAAGCCACCGGUCAUCCAUUACGAUCUGAAGCCCGGCAAUAUACUACUGACCGAAGGUAAUGUCUGUGGCGAGAUCAAGAUCACCGACUUUGGCCUGUCCAAGGUGAUGGAUGACGAGAACUAUAAUCCAGAUCAUGGCAUGGAUCUAACCUCCCAGGGAGCGGGAACCUAUUGGUAUUUGCCACCCGAAUGCUUUGUCGUUGGCAAAAAUCCACCUAAAAUCUCAUCAAAAGUUGAUGUAUGGAGUGUUGGUGUGAUAUUCUAUCAGUGUCUGUACGGAAAGAAGCCAUUCGGGCAUAAUCAGUCGCAGGCCACCAUCCUGGAGGAGAAUACCAUACUGAAAGCCACCGAAGUGCAGUUCUCCAAUAAGCCAACUGUUUCGAAUGAGGCAAAGAGCUUCAUACGUGGAUGUUUGGCGUAUCGUAAAGAGGAUCGCAUGGAUGUGUUUGCAUUGGCAAGACACGAGUAUAUCCAGCCACCGAUACCGAAGCAUGGCAGGGGAUCACUCAAUCAGCAGCAGCAGGCGCAGCAGCAGCAACAACAGCAGCAGCAGCAACAGCAGCAACAGUCAUCGACAUCGCAGGCCAAUUCAACCGGCCAGACCUCGUUCUCAGCCCACAUGUUUGGCAACAUGAAUCAGUCCAGCUCAUCCUAGCUGCCAACUAAACGCAAUUCCAAUUCAUAAUUCGCCGCCGCCGCCGCAGCAGCCACAGUCGCACAACAACAACAACAACAACAACAACAACAACAUCAGCAGC